AUGUUUGCACGCACGAGCGCAGCAGCGCGCCUCCUCCGCUGCGGCGGCGCCCGCGCCCGAGCUGCCGGGCGCUCCCGGUCGCUGAGCGGCGCGACGGAGGUUGCUGCGCUCGGCAUCCCUGCCCAGGUGGUCGUCGCGGCGCAGGCCGCGACCGGCGCUCCGUGGUGGCUUGCGAUCGGCGGCACGACAGUGGCGCUCCGCGUCGGGAUGCUCCCGCUGCUGUGGUACCAGCUGGCGGAGACGCGCCGCUUCGGCGCCCUCCGGCCGCAGCUGGCGGCGAUUCGCGACGAGUGCCGUGCCAUCGAGCCUCCGUCUGCGCGCGCGGCGCAGACGUUGCUGCGCGGGUGGCGCUGCUGCCGCGCGGCGUCCGUCCAGCCGCUCGCGAUCGUGGCCGUGCCGCUGGUGCAGAUCCCACUGCUCAUCUGGUCGCUGGUGUACACCGCGCUGGGGCUCGCCGCGGAGGCGGAGGCGGCGCUGGACGAGGCGGCGACGCUGCGGCCGGAGAUAGCCGGCUGGAAUGCAGAAAAAGACGAGAACACGAGCCCGUGGCCCCGUGGGCCGUGGCUCUGA